AUGGCACCUAUACAACCAGCAUUGCUCAUGCAGUACCUCGAUGAUUACUUCGCAAUAUGGUCACAUGAAAGAGAAAAACUGGAAGAGUUUCUGAAGCUUGCAAACCAGAUUGAUGAAAAUAUUGAAUUCAUGAAGGAAGUAGAGGAAAAAGAGCGGUUACCGUUCCUGGACGUUGAAGUGAUUCGCUCUAAUGGGACGCUCAAAAAGAAAUUUCCGGUCCAAUUACAAUUACAGGCUAAAGAUUGGAAUAAUGAGGAGCAUGAUCGUCCAAAGCCUACGCUUAACGGAUGUAGAAUUCUGGGACGAGGAGCUGGACAAUUUGACAAGGAUAUUCCUUGGCAAUGGCUAUCCUAG